UCGAGGAUCAAGCUUUAUUAGUUUCCCAUUUCCUCACUCCUCAUUCCCUCUCCGCUUGACUGCUUGUCUGUUUUCAUCUCUGAAAUAGCAAACACUGACUUACAAAUGUCUGCCAAAUCCCCCAUCUUCCCAAUGCCAGAGCCCCAGCACUUCAGUGACUAUGGUUUUGACCCACAAAUUGAUUAUUUUCAGGUACUGGAAGAAGCUAUGAAGCACAAGCGCGAGACAGCAAGGUCCAUAGACUCCAUACACUUCAAGCUGCAGAAGCCUAUUUCUAAGGACGACUCCGGCAAGAUUCACAAGCCCAAGAGGAAGCGCUGGUGGAAAAGUGCUCUGCUCUUCUUCAAAUGGAGGCGCACCCACCACAGCAACUGCCCUCGUCAUCAACGAGACGUGGAUGACGACGUUCACCGAGCCAGGGCUCGUGCUUUCAGGGCCUCCAUGUCAGGACCCGUGUACUUGACGGAGAGCAGAAGCGGGUCGUCCACACCGUACCGGACCACUAGCCGGCCGUCUUCGGGUCCGCUGGCCAAGGGCGAGCCGGAUAUACCUUACCUGAGUCUCCGGCAACUCACGAUGGAGCAGCAUCAGUUGCAGCAACAAAGGAUGUCUACCUCAGGCAUGCCCCUAUACUUGGUCACCUGAGCAGCCGCUUAACACUUUCUAACGAUGUUGUUUAACCGUGUCUACAACCACUAAUUGUAGCUAAGCCAUUGCGGGGAAAUGGACUGUAAGGCGGGUAGGUUUGAAUUUAUGAUGCGGGCCGUGACUUAAUUCUCCAUUCGUUUUUUAUUCUUAAUUUCGAGUUAUUUUUUCCAUCCACUGGGGAAUGGACGGAACCUCCCUGUGGGAUUUCAGUGUUGGGUACUUGAAUUUCUUUUGAGUAAAGAAAUGCUAGCAAUAUCUGUUGCUUUCUGAUCAAAGUCUAGUAAUGAGUAUGAAAAAGGGGAGAAAAUAUAUUUUUGGGAAUGGGAAAGCCGAAAGGGAUGAAUUGGAAGGAGGACGGAGAAGACAAAGAAGGAGCGUCAGGGAUUGAAGAGUGGGAGACCCAUCCCGACGGCGACUUUUGAAGAUGACAGGGUGAAAGCGUAAAAAGGGGGGCGAUGCAUUUCACAGGGAGGCGUGAAUGCAGAAGCAAGAUUAGUGGAGGUGGACUGCUGGAUUUCAGAGGCGGAGUCCCUAAACAGUAAACGCAACACGCCAAGGACCGGUCGCAAGCACAGGCCUUGUGGUUCGAAGUGCUAUGUGGGCCAACUUUACUAUCAAUACAGUAGAAAGUACAGUAGAU